UAUUUCUUGUUGAUUUUAUGUUCUUUAUCCUGGUGCUUACAUGCAUCUACUUGUCCAAGCGGAUGGAUGCGGCAUGAUAAUUCCUGUUAUCACUUUAGUCACGACCAGGAGGAUUGGCCAAACGCUAUGACAAUGUGUCACAUUUUAGGUGGUGAACUAGUACAGAUUGAAUCAUCUGCAGAACAAGCUUUUGUUGCAUCAAUGGCAAUGAGGUUUGAUAAAAAUUACUGGAUAGCUCUCAGUGAUAUACAAGAAGAAGGGGUCUGGGUAUGGAUGGAGACGAAGACUCCCAUGUCACAAACUGGAUAUUCAAACUGGCAUCCGGAUCAGCCCAAUAAUUAUGCUCAUAAUCAAAACUGUGUUACAUUGAAUGGGCAUAAGGAAAAUGGUCUUUGGAACGAUUGGCAUUGUAGCGAUCCUGCUGUGCUUUACAUAUGCGAAAAACCUGAUAACUUUCAAGAAAUAGUAGGCUAAAUCUGGCGUCAAUUGAAUACAUGAACUGUCAAACAUGUGGAAUAAAAAAACACCUUGAAUA